AGGAGGCACUGUGCCGUGGCACCUGGCUGUGCGGAGGAAGACGCGGAGAAGCGCGAGCGCCCGCGAUGGAUAAUCACGGACUGGAGGAGUUCCGCCGGCGCUGGCAGGAGGAGCUGGCGCAGGCCCAGGCGCUGAAGAAGCGGCGGCGGCCCGAGACUGCCGAGCGGCGGCCACGGCGGCCCGAGUUAGUUCCCGGGCGCGGCGAGCAGGCCUCGGGGUACCUGGCACUGGCCCAGGGCCUCCUGGAGGGCGCGGGGCGACCCCCGGCAGCGCGGGCCACCCAGGCUGAGAGGCAGGACGCGGCGAGUCGUUCUCGCUCCCCUCAGGGCCGCGAGGACACCGAGGGAGGGGACCAGCUGUUGGACCAGCUCAUUCGCGACCUGAAUGAAAUGGAUGAUGUGCCCUUCUUUGAUGUCCAACUGCCUUACGAAUUGGCAAUUAAUAUAUUUCAGUACCUGAACAGGAAGGAUCUUGGAAGGUGUGCGCAGGUGAGCAAGACGUGGAAGGUGAUUGCAGAAGAUGAAGUGCUCUGGUACAGACUGUGCCAGCAGGAAGGGCACCUUCCCGAGAGCAGCAUCUCUGAUUAUUCUUGCUGGAAGCUCAUCUUCCAAGAGUGCCGAGCCAAGGAACACAUGUUAAGGACCAACUGGAAGAAUCGAAAAGGUGCUGUGAGUGAGCUGGAACACAUUCCCGACGCAGUUUUAUGUGAUGUACAUUCCCAUAAUGGAGUCGUCAUUGCUGGAUAUACAUCAGGGGACGUGAGGGUGUGGGACACCCGCACCUGGGACUACAUAGCCCCCUUCCUGGAAUCAGAGUAUGAGGAGGACGAGCCUGGAAUGCAGCCAUAUGUCUCCUUUGUGAAGAUAAACAGCUCGCUGGCGGUAGCAGCUUAUGAGGAUGGAAUUCUUAAUAUUUGGGAUCUAAGGACUGAUAGGUAUCCCAUUCAUCGUUUUGAGCAUGAUGCAAGAAUCCAGGCGCUGGCCCUCAGCCGGGAAGAUGCCACUGUUGCCACAGCUUCCGCCUUUGAUGUCAUAAUGUUAUGCCCUAAUGAAGAAGGAUAUUGGCACAUAGCUGCAGAAUUUGAAGUUCAGAAACUGGUUGACUACCUUGAAAUAGUUCCAGAUACCGGAAGGUACCCUGUGGCAAUAGCGACUGCUGGAGAUCUGGUCUACCUGCUAAAAGCUGAAGACUCUGCCCGAACCCUUCAUUACGUCUACGGCCAGCCUGUCACAUGUCUUGAUGUCUCAGCCAACCAAGUUGCUUUUGGCGUGAAGAGUUUGGGAUGGGUAUACGAAGGAAACAAGAUCCUGGUGUGCAGCCUGGAAGCCGAACGCUGCAUCUCGAAGCUGGGUAAUGCACUUGGUGACUUCACGUGCGUCAACCUCCGAGACAGUCCUCCCAGUCUCAUGAUCAGCGGCAACAUGGACAGGAGGGUGAGGAUCCAUGACCUCCGCACUGACAAAAUCGCCCUGUCGCUCUCUGCCCACCAACUCGGAGUCUCCUCAGUCCAGAUGGACGACUGGAAGAUUGUCAGCGGAGGCGAGGAGGGCCUCGUCACUGUGUGGGAUUACCGGAUGAAUCAAAAGCUGUGGGAGGUGCAUUCCCGGCACCCCGUUCGUCACAUCGCCUUUAACAGCCACAGCCUCAUCACAGCCAACGUGCCCUACGAGAGGGUAGUUCGCAACUCCGACCUGGACAACUUUGCCACUCACAGGAGGCACCGGGGGCUGAUCCAUGCCUAUGAGUUUGCAGUGGACCAGCUGGCCUUCCAGAGUACUCUGCCCAUCUGCCGCUCGUCUUACAUCAGCAUGGCUGGCUACAACUACGACCUCGCGCUCACCUUUCCCUAUGACAGUAUUAGGGAGUGACCUCAGUUGGGAGCAGGGAGAAAACGAGAAGAACCAAUUUUAUGAAGUCUAAAACCACAGAGGAACAGUGCACUGGGCUUUCAGUGAUAAGGAAAGAAAGCAACCCCAGGGUGAUACCACAUCUUCCUGUCUUGCCUUCGCUUGUCCCCUUUGACAGGUCAUUCUGACAGGUCAUUCUCUAGCUGGCCAUGGAAAUGGAGUCUGUCAUGGUGUGUUUCUUCUUAGCCUGUUCUCUCUCUGCUGCUCGCAGAUGACUCAAAUUUCUGUCUCCUUCCCCCACACCCUCCAGACGUGACAUCUCCUCCUGUCCUUCCACACGUCUCCCUCUAGCCUGGUCUUAGGGAGUGACAGCACUGUUGCCUUGCACAAGCCAGUGCUGGGAUCACACACUCCCAGAUGCCUCAUAGGCCCCCCUGCAUCGUCCUACACACCUUCAGGCAAGGCCAGAAUCAUCACGGCCUUGCUGGCUAUCUUUCCACUCUCCAAACUCCUUCCUCUUUUUUUUGGCGUCUUUGGAUGGGCUGGUCUCUGGGCCAGCAAGACCCUCCCAUCUCCCUGUCCUUUGGAUCUCAGCUCAGCCCCUUACUCAGGGUGGCCUUCUUUGACCCCCACCCUCUAUAAAUUUGCUGUAGUGCUACUUUUUCUUAACAGCAGUUACCGUGGUUUAGGAUGAUGUGUUUAUAUAUCAUUACUGACUCUCUUGCUUACUCUUGGGUCCAGAAGACAGGAUGCAAAGUAGAUACAUUCUGACUAUUCGUUGACUAAACCCAGUCCUCCACGUGGAACGGACAGUGGUUCCACAGGAGAGAAUGAGUGAGAAGAGGCGUAGGUACGGGAGGAACCAUUAUCACCAUUACCUUAAACUGCUGAGAUAACACAGGACAACCCAAGACAGCUGUUCAGUUUAAUACAUAAAUGUCACCUCCAAAGUACAACAAGCACAAGCUGUUGCUUUCUCUUGAUUUAGAUUUGUUCUAAGCUGCAGCCCCCGUAGUGUCCACCUAAUAAACCUUCAAAUUAUCAAGGCAAAAAUGGAAAGAACUACAAAGAAAAAAAUCCAUACUCAUAGUGGGUGGUCAUCAGAUCAAAUCAGUAAGAAACUUCAGGGUACGCAGGACUUGCCUAAUAAAAUGAACAAGCUUGAACCAAUAGGUGUGUAUAGGAUGUUGUGUUUCCAGUAUCUGCAGACCAUACACAAAUGACAGGUGUGAAGGCCUCAACGGAAAGCUCUGAUCCCACAAAGAUUGAUGCCCCGCCACCAGAUCCACUGAGCCCCACCCCAGAGAAUCAGAAAGCACAAAACCGUAACAGGAAAAUGUUCCAGACACUUCUGCAUUACCUUGGGUCUAAAGAGAGAAAUAAAAACAAACUAUAAACCUCUCCACACCUGAACGGCAGUGUGAGCACAGAAUGUCAAAACCCGUGGGGUGCAGCUGAGAUGAGACAGAGAUGUUACGGCUUUAAGAGAGACUAACUAAGACAAACCGAAUAAAUGAACUGCCCCCUUAGAAAGCUUAACCAAGGAGGAAAGCAUGUAUUAAUGAAAUAGAAAGCCAACAGAUGGUAAUCUUUAAAGCCUUUCAAGAGGAAUUUUUUCAAAAGACAAAAUAUAUAAUUCUUGAUAAUUCUUGAUAAAGAAAAAAGAUGCAAGGGACCAUCAAAUAAAAAAGGAGAUAACUCGGUGGGGGAUACAGAGUAAGGGCUUUUAACGUGCAGAUCACGUGCCCACCCUGAUCCAAGAGAAAAGCUAAGUUUUUCCAUGGUAUAUGCUGGGAAGUGCUUGCCAUCACUCAAAGGCCCGGAACUUUGGAGUCAUGAAGGUUUUGGAAGGUUUUUCAGAUUGCUUAAGAUGUUUAGUCGUUGAAAAAGUGCCACCCCAUAUCCGACUAGAAAGGAAAACCAGGCCAGAUGAAGAGCCACGCCUGGGAAGCAUCUCUUAACCCAGAGAGCAUGCUUUAUUUCAGACAGCCUUCCUGCGACGGUUGACUUGACAGGAUGGCUUUCUGUUUCCUCUCAACCAAAUGGCUUCCAACAUGAAGCCAGUCCCUGGCAAGCAAAUGAGAUUUUUACUUAUUCUCACCAUCCUGUGGUGGCCUGACCCCAAGUGACCUCACUUUAUAAGGCUGUAAUCCAGACGUACUCUUUUUCUCUCUCAGUCCCAGUGCAGCCUGCACCUGGCUGGACCACUGCCUAACACAUCUUUUUUCUUUUCAAGAAGGAGCCCCUUGCCAUCUGAGUUCACAUUUCCUAGCUUUACAGCAAUUAAAGAUAAUUUAAAGAUUUAAAAGAAAGUAGGCCCAGAAAACUUUACAAAAAGUAACAGACACCAGAGUCAUAAACUAUUGUUAUCCACUGCUAACAGCUGGUCCCGUGUGAAAGUGUGACCAGCACAGGCUUCUUUCCCCAAGCUGUUUGGGACAUUUCUCCCAAUUGUGAAAACUUGCCUGGGUUUCACGGAGGACAGUUUACUGGACCCAAACUGGGAGCUUUGAGCACACCAGCCUUAGUGUUUGCUGCUGCAGACCUUGGCAUCCCGGGAGAAGAGAGUGCGCCCUGGUGGGGGAAAGACAGGUGCCCCUUCGUAAUCGACCUUUACCCAAACGUAAAAGUGGCCCAUGUCCCUCUCCUGCCAGCCACCUUACCUUUAUACCUGCUGGCUCUUUGAGGGGAGCAUCUUUUGCAAGUUGUCACUGAGUUUUUAGCAGAUCUAGUUUUCUUCAUUAGCUCUUCUGCUUCUCAAACUCUUUGACCACCAUGUCUCCUAGAGACAACAGACUGAGAUCUGCCACUGGGGAAGCUGGAGGCGAAACCCCUCAGGUUUUCUGUCUUACCUUCCAACGCUGUAUAACUUUUGCUUUCCACUUUAUCCAUGUCUGUUUUGGUAUUAAAACUCUGCAGUUUA